CCACUUUGUCAAUCUCUUCCGUGCCAACAACGUCGUCUGCAGUGAUGCGGAAAAGCCCACUCUUCCAGAGCUCACGCGACACUUCAAGCACGAGUACGAAGUCGCUGGCAAAAGUGCUUCAUUAUCGCCGACCCGUACAUGCAGCAAGAUGUCAGAGACACUACUUUGCAGGCGGGCGACCAGCUGCCGUCUUCUGCCUAGUACCAGAACAAGGAAGUCGACGAGCGCAUCCUCGUCGUCGGUCCAAGAUGGCUCUCAAACGCUUUGCUCAGUGCGACCCAAAAUACCUUGACAACUGUGCCGAGCGGUACGCCUACUCUGGCGGCAGCUUGCGCAUUCUUUGCAGCAAUCCAAAGAUUGAAUUCGACUUGGCGGAGCCACCACUCAGAGCGCUUGAGCGCAGCCUCGAUAGAGACAGGCCAAGCUUCAUCGACGCCAUCCGACGCACGUACAUCAAGAGCAUCACGCGCGACGAAGAUUACCUGAACCUUCUCGAUGGCGACGCCUC